GCGGGCAGCGGGCCGCCGGGUGGGCGAAGGGCUGCGGGCCCGCGAUGGCCGAGGAGAUCGACUGGCUGGACCUGCCCGGCCGCUGGACCUACGGAGUGGACCGCGGCGGGAGAGUCUUCUUCGUCAAUGAUGAGGAAAAGUCAACCAGCUGGGUGCACCCUGGGACAGAGUCACCCAUCCAGAGUGGACACUCCUCCAGCCCAGGUUUGCCCAGGGGAUGGGAGGUGGAUUCCACCCGGGAAGGAGCCGUGUACUUCAUCAACCACAAUGAAAGACGGAACACGUUUGUACACCCAGUGACUGGCCAGGUCCCAGAGGAAAACAAAAAAUUUGACUUGAAAACAUCGGCCUUGGACAUGUCCAAUAAAGCGGGUGGGAAACGCCCAGCUACCACCAACAGUGACGGAUCCAACCACAACAUGGUGUCUGAGGUCCCUCCAGAGCCUCCUAGCAUCCGCGCAACCCGAACAUCCCGCAAGGCCAUCGCUUUUGGCAAGCGCUCACACUCCAUGAAGCGGAACCCCAAUGCCCCUGUCACCAAGGCGGGCUGGCUCUUCAAACAGGCCAGCUCUGGGGUCAAGCAGUGGAACAAGCGCUGGUUCGUCCUGGUGGAUCGCUGCCUCUUCUACUAUAAAGAUGAGAAGGAGGAGAGCAUCCUGGGCAGCAUACCCCUCCUGAGCUUUCGAGUGGCUGCCGUGCAGCCAUCAGACAACAUCAGCCGAAAACACACCUUUAAGGUGACUGUGUGCUGGGUGGACGAGGCCAGGGCCAGUUCCACGCAAUGCCUCUCCCCACAGGCUGAGCACGCCGGCGUCCGCACCUACUUCUUCAGUGCCGAGAGCCCCGAGGAACAGGAAGCCUGGAUUCAGGCCAUGGGGGAGGCUGCCCGAGUACAGAUCCCCCCAGCCCAGAAGUCGGUGCCCCAAGCUGUGCGUCACAACCAUGAGAAGCCAGACUCAGAGAACAUCCCACCCAGCAAACACCACCACCAGCCACCCCCCAACAGCCUCCCCAAGCCUGAACCAGAGGCCAAGACUCGAGGGGAGGGUGAUGGCCGAGGCUGCGAGAAGGCAGAGAGGAGGCCGGAGAGGCCCGAUGUCAAGAGUGAGCCUUUGGUGAAAGCCAAUGGCCUCCAGCCUGGACCAGGGCCAGCCUCAGAGCCGGGCAGCCCAUAUCCCGAGGGCUCAAGGGUCCCAGGGCGUGGGGAGCGGCCUGCCCAGCCCAAUGGCUGGCAGUAUAGCUCCCCAAGCCGGCCAGGGAGCACAGCUUUCCCGCCUCAGGACUCAGAGAGUGGGGGACAUCGGCGGAGCUUCCCUCAACGCGCCAACCCCGACAAAAUCGCCCAGCGCAAGAGCUCCAUGAACCAGCUUCAGCAGUGGGUGAACCUGCGCCGAGGGGUGCCCCCACCUGAAGACCUUCGGAGUCCCUCUAGGUUCUACCCCAUGACCCGCAGGGUCCCCGAGUAUUACGGCCCCUAUUCCUCCCAGUACUCUGACGAUUACCAGUACUACCCACCAGGGGUGCGGCCAGACAGCAUCUGCUCAAUGCCGGCCUACGAUCGAAUCAGCCCUCCCUGGGCCCUGGAGGACAAGCGCCAGUCCUUCCGCAACGGAGGCGGCCCCACCUUCCAGCUGCACGAGUGGAAGGAGCCUGCUGGCUAUGGGCGGCAGGAGGGCACCAUCUGGAUCCCCAGCCCCUCCCGGCAGCCCGCCUAUUAUGACGAGCUGGAUGCCGCCUCCAGCUCCCUGCGCCACCUGUCCUUGCAGCCCCGUUCCCACUCCGUGCCCCGCUCGCCCAGCCAGGGCUCCUACAGCCGCGCCCGCAUUUACUCCCCAGUCCGCUCACCCAGUGCCCGUUUUGAGCGGCUGCCACCUCGCAGUGAGGACAUCUAUGCUGACCCCACUGCCUAUGUGAUGAGGCGAUCCAUCAGCUCCCCCAAGUAUGAUUACCUGGGAGACAGGCGGCCAGUCCCUGCAGGACUGUUCCCCUACAACUACCCGCCAUCCCCUACGGUCCACGAUAAGAUGGAUGAACUUUUAGACCUUCAGUUGCAAAGAAACCUAGAGUAUUUGGAUCAGCAGAUGAGUGAGAGCGAGACUCUCAUCAGUAUGGUGAACCGCAUGGUGGAAAACUCUUCCCCCAGGGCCCAACUCUUCAUGCAAGUCCCUCCGUACCCAGAAGUGUUCCGGGACAGCCUCCACACCUACAAGUUAAACGAGCAAGACACAGAUAAGCUGCUGGGCAAAUUGUGUGAGCAGAACAAGGUGGUGAGGGAGCAGGACCGGCUGGUGCAGCAACUCCGAGCCGAGAAGGAGAGCCUGGAAAGUGCCUUGAUGGGGACCCACCAGGAACUGGAGAUGUUUGGAAGCCAGCCUGCCUACCCAGAGAAGCUGCUACACAAGAAGGAAUCGCUGCAGAACCAGCUCAUCAACAUCCGGGUGGAGCUGUCUCAGGCAACCACGGCCCUGACGAACAGCACCGUCGAGUACGAGAGCCUCGAGUCGGAGGUCUCUGCCCUGCACGAUGACCUCUGGGAGCAGCUCAGUCUGGAUGCCCAGAAUGAGGUGCUCAACCGGCAAAUCCAGAAGGAGAUCUGGAGGAUCCAAGAUGUGCUGGAGGGGCUGAGGAAGAAUAACCCAUCCCGGGGCACAGACACAGCCAAGCACAGAGGAGGCCUCGGCCCCUCUGCCACCUGCAGCUCCAACAGCCCUGCCAGCCCCCUCAGCUCCGCCAGCCUCACCAGCCCCCUGAGCCCCUUCUCACUGGUGUCUGGCUCUCAGGGGUCUCCCACCAAGCCUGCGUCCAAUGAGCCCAAGGCAAGCUAUGAGCAAAGCAAGAAAGACCUCCACCAGACAUCACCCCUGGACACCUCUAGAGACAUCAGCCUUGUGCCCACCAGGCAAGAGGUGGAGGCAGAGAAGCAGGCAGCUCUCAACAAAGUUGGCAUUGUGCCCCCGCGGACAAAGUCACCCACUGAUGAGGAGGUGACCCCAUCAAGGGUGGUGAGGAGGAGUGCCAAUGGGCUCACCAAUGGACUCUCCUCCCGACAGGAGCGCCCCAAGAGUGCUGUGUUCCCUGGUGAGGGCAAGGUCAAGAUGAGUGUGGAGGAGCAGAUUGACCGCAUGCGGCGGCACCAGAGUGGCUCUAUGAAGGAGAAGCGCAGGAGCCUGCAGCUCCCAGCCAGCCCGGCCCCUGACCCCACUGCCCGGCCUGCCUACAAAGUGGUGCGCCGUCACCGCAGCAUCCAUGAGGUGGACAUCUCCAACCUGGAGGCAGCCCUGCGGGCAGAGGAGCCUGGAGGGCAGGCCUAUGAGACGCCGCGGGAGGAAAUUGCCCGGCUUCGCAAAAUGGAGCUGGAGCCCCAGCACUAUGAUGUGGACAUCAAUAAGGAGCUCUCCACCCCAGACAAAGUCCUCAUCCCCGAACGGUACAUUGACCUGGAGCCUGACACCCCCCUGAGCCCCGAGGAGCUGAAGGAGAAGCAGAAGAAGGUGGAGAGGAUCAAGACACUCAUUGCCAAGUCCAGUAUGCAGAACGUGGUGCCUAUCGGCGAGGGGGACCUUGUGGACGUGCCCCAGGACUCAGAGAGCCAGCUGCAGGAGCAGGAAAAGCGGAUUGAAAUCUCCUGUGCCCUGGCGACCGAGGCCUCCCGCAGGGGCCGCAUGCUGUCUGUGCAAUGUGCCUCCCCAAGCCCUCCCACCUCCCCUGCUUCCCCGACUCCGUCAGCCAACCCCUCAUCGUCUGAAUCCCCACGGGGCGCCGACAGCAGCCAUGCCAUGCGGGUCUGAGCUCUGACUGCAAGCCCUGGCUGAGGCUAAUGCUGUGAAGCUCCACAGAGCCACAUUCUGAAGCCCUCUUCUGCCCGCCUGAGGUCCUGGCUCCCACCCUGGCCCCCUGCCCCUGUGCUCCCAUGGGAAUGCCGCAGGGAGCUAGGCUAGGGGCCAGUGGUUGCUGCUGAGAGGAGCACGGAUCCCUCAGCAUCCACAUACCUGCCACACCCGGCCUGAAGCCCUCACUACUCAGACGGUGGUCCCUGGCUAGCACCUGAGAUGGCGAGGUGGGGAGCACAUCCUGUCUAGUACCCAAGUCACAAGGAGCCUGGGCCUGGCUCUGGCUGGGGUUGUGGUGGCCCCAGUGGAACAUUCCCUGAUGGAGAAGAUGCCAUGGUGGGGAACACGCCCUGGGCCAUCUUAGGUUAGGACUAGAGGUGAAGAGAAGAUGGACACUCUGCCUCUUCCCGCCCUUCUUGACACCGAGGACAGCACCUGCCAUCAUCCCCUUCCCCCAUCAGCCCCACCCCACUACCCCAGCUGUACCCAGGGCUUUGACGCGUCUCUGUUAUGGGUGCUCUUUUGGGGUCCGGUGGAGACUGACCACCCUGCUUGAGCCAAAGACAAGAUGAGGAGAGAUGGGGAGAGGCUCCUCGGCUCCCAGAGGGGCAGUGCUGGCUGUGGAUAGAGAGCAGCAGGUCUGUGCAGUGUCUGAGGGGAGGUCGAGAAGGGGUAGCAGAGAGGAGGAGAGGUCUGAGGAAAGUGGGAGGGAAGGGAAGCAGCAGGACUCAUUCGCAGGUCAAAGGAGGGAGAUGGGAAGGGGCUAUGGGAUUGGUUUCCCCAGAUGGAGCCUUAGCUUAGCGCCAAGUGCAGUGCCAGACUGUCAGCUCUGUGCCUCCCACCUUGUCCCCUGCAUCAGCGGGGCCCCAGGAGGACCCACCAGCAAGCACAUGGUGGCCUUCAGCUGAGGCACUUGGCAUGGGGAUGGAGGUGUGGGAGGAAGGGCUUGGGUAGGACAGCCUGG